UCUGCUCUGGUCUAGGCGUGCGCGACCAUGUUGGUAAAAAGGGAGAUCUGGCAACUCGUCCAGGGUUUUUUAUUUUUCAGCCGUGGAAGCACUGUCGCUAAUCGAGAACCGAAAAUCCAGUGCAAUUGAAGAAGUCUCGUGCCUAAACAAUUAUCACCGGGCUACACUUUUCUUCUAAAUAGUCAAAUAAUAAAACAGUGAAUAUGUUACGGCGACUAUUUCACCGUAGUUCCAAUAUUUCGUUUCGCACCAGUGAAAUGAUGCCAGCCAGUCAGUCUUUACUUUCAACACUAAGGAAAAAAACUGGGUAUGCUAUCACAAAUUGUAAGAAAGCAUUAGAAAUGAACGACAAUGAUAUUGAAAAGGCAGAAAACUGGCUACAUGCACAAGCACAAUCCCAAGGGUGGGCUAAAGCAGCAAAGCUUCAGAAUCGUUCAACUCCAAAUGGACUUGUAGGAAUUAUGUUGAAUAAAAAAUGUGCUGCAAUGGUGGAGGUGAACUGUGAAACAGAUUUUGUAUCAAAAAAUGAAAAAUUCCAGUCGGUAGUAACACAAACUACUGGAGUAUGUUUUAAGAAAUCACUAGAAACAGUUUUAUCCUCAGAUGUUCUUCAAGAAACACCUAUAAUUAGACUUGGAUUUAGUUCUGAACAGUUAGGUGCAUUGCAGCUGAAUAACAAAUCUGAUUCCAAACUUUCAGAUUUUCUUGCACUUAACAUAGGACUAAUUGGGGAAAAUAUGGCUGUUCGGCGAGGAGCGGCACUUUGUUCAACCAACUCAAACAUUAAGUUUGCUUCAUCUACCCAUCCAGAGCAGGUGCUUGAUGGGUCCUCCUUAGGCAAAUAUGCAGCAGUGAUUGCUUAUGAAGAAGGCCAGGUUUUAUCCGAACAGGCUGAGUUAAUAGAAAUUAUUGAAAUUGAAAAACUGCCUAAGCAGUUAUGCCAACACAUUAUUGGAAUGAACCCGCAAAGCCUGGAAAAAGAAGACAAUUCCUCAGACGAAGAAGAAACAGCGCUUUACCACCAAGAAUUUCUUGCUCAUCCUGAUUAUACUGUGCGAGAAGUUUUGGACCACGUCGGGUGGAAAAUCAAAGCUUUCCUGCGUUUUGAAUGCGGUGAAACCGUUUGCUGACGUCGGGAAACCAAAUCAGAGGAGACAGACCUCUAAUUUAGUUUGCUAGAUAUUAAUUCUUAGUUGAUAAAUUGUAUGAAAGCCGCUGAAUUUCAUUUUGUUUCUCAAAUGAUACAAAAAUUUAGUCAGACAUAAUAAAAUUAAUAAAUUUUUGUAUAUAUAUCAUCGAAUUGCGGAUUCCGAUUUUGUUUUGUUUUUUUAUUAUUAUAUUGUUUUCUUGUGUUACACAGAAAAAACUUCUAAAGAGUAGUAGCUUAUUAGUAGAAUCCCGUGCUUUCUCAAUCUUUACAUUUUGCGUCGUUCAGAGGCCUUUUCAAUAAUGACUUUCGUUUAUGUUCUAUGUUAGUGCGUCAAAUGUGGUCAUCAAUAAUAAGUUCUAGUGCCGUUAUCUAACUUA